AUGGAGCGUGCUGUUAAUUUUCAAAGUGUGGUUAAAAGUUUUAUGAUAUUUUGGACUCCCUAUUCCUGUGACCAGGACUUUGCUGUUUUAGAGCCGUAUCAGGCAACUUCAGAUGUUGGAGUAUUUGAGGUGUAUGAUCUGCAAUUUGAAUGCCAGUAUAAUAUAAAUGUUAGUGCCGUCACCAAGUCAGGUGUUCAGGGAAAGCCAACAUCAAUUAAACUAGUCACCCCGAUAUGUGAGAAAAUCUAUGUGAAAGGGAACAGUCUUCCACCUGAAUGUCCUCAAAGAGUUCCAAAAGUCCCUAGAAGUCCAAGGAGAAUCCACGCUAUCACAAUCAAGAACAACUGCAGUAUUGAUAUCAAUAUAUCCUGGAAACAUCCUAAAUCAGAUCUUCCCAUAGAAUCUUACCUGGUGACAUACAAGCAGACAAAUGAUUUCAGAGAGGAGAAGGUGAACACAGAUGGGACUGUGUAUAAACAAAAACCAUUUGAGAUUAGAUUAGGAAUGGUAACAAGUGUUCUGGUACCUGGCUUGAAGCCAGCAGAAGUAUAUUACAUACAAGUACAUGCAGUUUCAAGUGCUGGACUUGGGGAACCAGCAAUAAUAGAAAUUUUAACUCCUCUAAUUCUACCAUGUGGAUCAGAUAAAGAUCCAGAACCACCAGACAAAAGUAUUGAAAAAGUUAAGAAAACAACAAGUAGGCCAUCCACAGUAUUUAUAGAAACCACAGGAAGUGACAUCGUGCAUACAGGAAGUGAUGUCAUACAUAAUAAAUCAGAGGCUGUCACCAAAGAAACAACUACCAAAAAUAGAACUUCUAUUAAUAGCAUUACCACGCAAUAUAAUAGUACUAAAGAUAGAGUAGAUUUAGAUAUUUAUAAAACUGUUUAUUAUUUAUUGAUAUUUAUAUAUAAAUUAAUAUAUAAGUCCUGACAGUGUACCUCUAUUGUAUGAAUGGUAAAAAUUGUAUUAUCUUAAAAUUUAUUGUUAAUGAAUGAAUUUUAUUCAUGAGUGGUAAUUUGCCAAUUUAACAAAUUAAAUCAGAUUUUCUUUUACAUGCAAUACAGUGUCUUUACAAUUUUGUUUGUGAAAGUUCAUAGACAUCCAAUGACCAUCAGGCCAGACUUCAGUUUUAUUAAAUUUUAUACCAUUUAUUUAAAUUCUUGUAUAAUUGUUACAUUAUAUGAGUAUAUUUUAAGACAUAUUAGGCCUAACACAAAUUUUCAGUCAAAGAGUUCAGUCUAUUUAAAAAAACAUAUGUUAAGUUUAUUGAAAAAAAAAUUGUACCAUUUACAAAACUAUCUAUGUCCUUCUAAAAUUAUGGUCCUUUUAUUGUAAACUCUUCUUCUCUUAGAUUUGGAUUUUUCUUGUAAUUUAUACAUAUCAGGGAUAUAAAGUCAAAGAGUAAAAUUGUCCCAACACCUACUUAUAUUUUUGCAGGCCGAAUGAGCACGGAAAUUAGUUUGGCAUUAUACUUAAUUACAAAAGUCUUACAAAGAGUAUAUUAAGGUGUGUCUCACAAAUACAAAAAAAUGUUGGUAAAAAAUGUCUCAAUAAAACUUUUUUGCAGAAUUGUUAAUGUACCUCUUUUUACUUUAAAUAAUGUCAGGAAUAUAUUUUUGGUAUUUUGGAUUCUAUUUUUGAUGUCUAAGUUUGAUGUAUUGAUUUUUAUUUUCUGCAGCAGAGCUUUUGGAAAUGAUAUUUGCAGAAUUUUGCUUUGAAUUGUUUUUGUAUGCAUUCAUUAUAAUUAACUUGUAAACCAGUCUCAGUGUUUUUAGUAGGUAAACUUUGUAACCAGUCUUAUAAUUCUGUUCUCUCAUUGGUUGAUUUCUGGCUUUAUUUUUGAAUUAACCAAUGAAAAAAAUUUAUUUUGUGACUGGUUCAAAGAUUAAGUACCUAUAAUGUCUCGAAGAAGAACUUUUAUAUGUUUAAAUUUACAUACAACAUUGAUUGACUUACUGUUAUAAUGUUCUGUAAAUGUGCGUGCUUAGUAAAUUGUCCGUCCAUAUAUAAUGAUGGGUUCACAAUAUUUUAUACAUUAUAUCAUUUUUGUGCCAAAUUACAUAUUUAUUGUUACAAAAUGUUCACUCAGAAACUACCACAAAACAGAGUUUUAUCUGUUGUUGCAUAUAUUCAUACAAAAAAUACUUUAUUAUUGUAUGAUACAUGCAAUUGAAUAUUAUAUUUCAUAGGAUAUUUAAUUGUUGGAGUUUUAUUUUAUUUUAGUUUUUUUAAAAAUGAAAAUAAAUUAUUUAUCCUGAGGAACAAGUAAUUAAUUAUGCAUGUAGGAAAAAUGUGUUUUCUAGAGUACAUUCAAAAUUUUAUUUUUGAAGUUUUACAAAGAAAAAAAUGAAAGUUGACUAAAUUGUAUUGGUUUACAGCAAUACAUGUACUUAAAUUAUCUUGUAUUCAAUUCUACAUGUAUUGUGGAAGUCUUUAUUUAAGUUAAAGUUUAUAAAUGUCCCAAAGAUUUUGGAAUUAUUUUAGAUUUAUCAAUGAAAAUUCAUAUUAACAGUAACAAGUAUUUCUUUC